AUGAACUUGGGACGAAUUCGUCGUCUUAAUGUUUAUAUUGAAGUAUCCGAACAUAUGCAUCUACCAUUUGCAACUGAUUCUGAAUUAAAAGAACAUGCUGAACGAUGUCAUGCCUUCGAUCACGAGAAUGAUUUUUUCAAAAUUGAUUUAAUUAUUUGUAUGGGUGGCGAUGGUACACUUUUGCAUGUGUCAAAUAUAUUUCAAAAAAGUUGUCCACCUGUCUUAUCAUUUUCAAUGGGCUCACUUGGAUUUUUAACUCCAUUUGAUUUUAAACAUCAUGAAAAAAUUUUAAAUGAAGUUGUAUCAGGCAAUGUUGCUGUUUUAUUACGUUCGCGCUUAAAAUGUUCAAUUGUUAAAGGUUUAAAAAGACAAUCAUUAUCAUCAGCAUCACUUCGUUCGACAUCAUCUGAUGAUACAAUAAGUGAUGAUAAUAAUAAACAUGCAAAUAAAGAUGAUAAAAUAUCACAUUUAGCAUUAAAUGAAGUUGUUAUUGAUCGUGGACCAAAUUCAUAUUUAUCAAAUCUUGAUUUAUAUAUUAAUGAUCGAUUUAUUACAAAAGUACAAGGUGAUGGUUUGAUUGUUUCUACUCCUACUGGUUCUACAGCUUAUGCAAUGGCAGCCGGUGCAUCGAUGGUUCAUCCCAAUGUUCCUGCCAUGGUCAUAUGUCCUAUCUGCCCACAUUCUUUAUCAUUUCGACCAAUUGUUGUUCCAGCUGGUAUUGAAUUAAAAGUAAAAGUUUCAGAAGAAACUCGUCUUACGGCAUGGCUAUCAGUUGAUGGAAGAAAUCGACAUGAACUCCACCAUCAAGAUAGUGUACACAUAACAACAAGUGUUUAUCCAGUACCAUCUAUAUGUCGAUUUGAUCAAUUGGGUGAUUGGUUUGAAUCAUUAGCCGAUAUACUUCAUUGGAAUUUACGUAAAUCACAAGGACGUCUUGAUGGCCAUCAAUCUCCUCAACGUGAUAUCCAAUCACACAAAGAUCAAACAAAAGAUUCUUCAUCUACAGAAACAGUUCAAUCAUCAAGUUAA